AUGGCCUACUGCGUCCAAACCGAAGCAGCCCGGGUGCUGGCCGAGCGCCUCCUCAACGGCACAGCCAUUGACGUGCCGGACUCCUUCAAAGAAGCAGCAAAGAGAGUCAGAUUCAUUGGCGACAGCGCACCGUUCAUCCCAACACCCCUCCGGAUCACCGAGUCCAGCUCCGCGCUCAAUGCCUACGUUGCCGCCAUCGCCAGUGCAAUCUCCAAGGACCGAUAUGGAAUCGACUACCAGGAUAUCACCGUCAACACAGACGUGGCAUCCCUGUUCCUGAUGUCGAUCAUCCUGCCCACCGUCGGCGCCAAACGGACGCCCGCGCUGCAGCACCCGACCGUCACCAAGGAGCUCGCCAAGGGCGAUCUCUACCAGACGCAGAAGCCGAUCCAUCAGCAGUGCACGAAUGUCUAUCAGACCAAGGACGGGCGCUGGUUCCAUCUGCAUGGGUCGAUGAACGCCGGCCAUACUAUGAAGAUGGUUGGCGUUGCGGAGCAGGAUGUCACCCAUGAGGAGGCGCAGAGGAUCUAUAUGGACAAGGUCGCGCAGUGGGAUUCAGAGGAGAUUGAUCGCGUUGCGAACGAGGAGUAUAAGCAGGCGGGUGUGAUUUGCAAUACCCCGGAUGAGUUCUUCGCGAGUGAGCAUGGCCAAACCAUGGCCAAGGAGCCUCUUUACACACUCAAACCGCGUUCCGCGCCUCGAAAAGCCUGGCCAGAGGCCAAGGACCCCUCUCGCCCGCUGGCCGGCAUCAAAGUCAUCGACUUCUCGCGCGUUAUUGCCGCCCCGGUCGUCUCCAAGAUCCUCGCCGUCCUCGGCGCUGAAGUCCUCAAAGUGACGUGGGAGGGUCUGCCAGAUAUCGCAGCGACCUGGGUUGAGCUGAGCACGGGCAAACGCGACACAAACCUCAACCUGAAGAGCGAGGAAGGCCGCAAGAAGUUUGCGGAACUUGUCAAGGCUGCUGAUGUCUUGGUUGACGGGUAUAGGCCCGGGGUGCUGGGGAGGCUAGGCUUCGACGCAGACUCGCUGCGAGAGAUCAACCCUAGCUUGAUCUAUGCACGAGAGAACUGCUACGGCUGGAAGGGGCCGCUGUCGCAUCGCUCCGGAUGGCAGCAGAUCAGCGACUGCCUUGUGGGGAUCUCGUGGAUGCAGGGCAAGUUCCUGGGACUGGACGAGCCCGUUGUCCCUCUGCUGCCAAACUCCGACUACCAAAUGGGCCUCGUCGGCGCAGCAGCCGUAUCCCACGCCCUGCUCCUCCGGACGCAGCAAGGCACCACCUUCGACAUUGACGUCUCGCUGACCCAGUACAACAUCUGGUACUACAGGCUCGGCGAGCAGACACCGGAGGUAAAGCAGGCGCUCCGCGAGCAGCACGGGGACUUGCACCUGCGGCAUUACGACGAGAUGAACAGCCUGAUUGCCAAGACGUUCGCCAGCCUGAAGAAGGCCAAGCCCGGCCUCUUCCAGCGCCCGGAGGACUUUGAUACCAUGCGCGGGGAGGAGUGGGGUCUCGAUGAGGAUAUCCAUAUCCUCACGACGCCAUUCAAGCUCGGCAGGUCGGAGCUCAAGUACGAUGUCCCUUCUGGGCGGAGGGGCCGGUCGGAGGCGAGGUGGUUGACCGAGGAGGAAGGACGUUAG